AUGGCUCUCGCGACUUCCGAUGAAGGUCUCCGAAGGCGUAAGGACUCUUUGUCGGUGAGUGGAGUCGAAUCUGUGGGCGUAUCAAAAAACAUUCGCAAGUUUAGGACGAGUUCGAUUCGGAGUUGGAUGACAACGAGAUGAAGGCGAUUGUGAAGGAUAUCGAGGAGGAUAAGGUUCACGACGAGAGUCCGGACACCCGUUGGACGUGAGUUGCAAAAUCAAGGUAGUGACAAAACCUGUCACUAUCACGUUCGUUUUCGUGCCUAUCCGACUUUGCGUUUGUUCGACGAUUCAGGCGGGCCUUUCGCAUUAGUGCGUUCGUUUUCAUUUCAGCCGCUUCAAGUCGCACAUGAAGGAGUGGGGCGAGACGGCGACGAUCCACGGAGUGCCGCACAUGGCCCAGGCGCACACCAACUACGCGAUCAUCGUCUGGAGCAUCAUAUUGAUCGUGAGCGCCGUCGGAUUCGUCUACAUGUUCACCACCAUUCUGGCCUCGUACCUCGCGUUCAACGUCGUCGUCAAUCUGAACACCGGCCUCGAUUCCGAACCGUUUCCCUCGAUCACUUUCUGCAAUACCAAUCCGUACAAGCUGAGUAAGAUGAGCGAUGUUCCCGAAUUGAAUGCCCUUUUGACUGUGUAUCAGGCUUCGGCGGAUGGUGAUUUGUCAUAA